GGAUGCCUUUGUUUCCUGUGCGUGAGCAGAGCUUGCGGCGGAUCCAGCGCCUGGAGCCUUGCAGGGGAUGCUCUGUGACAAGGUUUCAGCAAGCCUUUCUGCUGGGAGUAAGGCUGUGACAGCGCGAGGAACCAAAAUGGGAAAGGAGAUGGUGUGCCAAGGAGCACCCUUUGGUUUCUGCUUCUUCUCGAGGUUGGACUAUAACUGUGGAUCCGUGUGCUGCUCAGUGUUGCUGGGAGAAAGCAAUCCACCCUCUGCAGUUUCUGAGAGCUUUUCUGCUGGAGGCUCUGAGACGGGAAAUGUGAGAUGUUAUCCAGAAGCAGGGCUCUGUGAGCACACUGAACCGAACGAUGCUUCUCUCUCAAGUAUGUAUGAACAUGAAAAUACAGAAGAUACAAGCAUCAGGAAAUCUCUUGAUGGCUUCUACGAAACAUAUUGCAAAAACGGGCCAGGCAGAGCUGAUCCCACCUGUGAGGCUGCGUCACGAUGUCUUUCACAGAAGGUUUCAGAGCUAGCAAACCGGGGUGGGACCAAAUACGCGCUGCGGUGCCUGCAAAUGGCCCAGGUGGUCUUGAACAGAGAUGGAUGUAAGAUCUUUCCAAACUAUCCCACUACGGCUUGUUUUUCAAAGCCAGCUGAGGGAGAAGUCUUGUUGGAGGAUACAAAGAGAACACCUGGACUCUCAGACGAUGUCCUGCAGUUCCUCUUGAAACAGACACGGACAGAACAUAGCCCCGACGUGCUGCAUGAGAAGUGAUCAAGAUGCUGGUUUGUUUGUCACCAGAGCUUGUCUUUUUACUGAGAAGAGGUGAUUUCCUGACACUGUUGCUCUUCACACCACCUUUGACAGCGCUUAUUCUACAGGAGGGGUUCAUCUGGAGCAGACCUCGGGGUAGCAUCGUAUGAGGAGCAUCUGUGGUCCCUGAUAGCUGAUCAGGAUGAGUGCCAGCUGGGUGAAGGGUGAUAGCAUCUGCAUCUGGAGCAUCAGACACGAGCAUUUCUACCUACCAGGCUUCUAAACUGGCCUAUCUCCCUGCCCCAGCUGAACAGAGGCCCAGCCCAAAUUUAGCCCCUGCACAGGCAUGGAAGUACAUCCACGUGCUGUUGAGUAUAACUGAAUGAGCUCGGCAUGGUACGCCCCAGGCCUGGGGAGGAAACUCAAGACUUGGUUCUGUACCUGACUGAUACUGUGAGGCCUCUGCCUCCUCGGGGUGGCUGAUAGCUGGCGGUGUUUACCUACAGACACACAGUCCCACAGAUCAUCGUUGCAGUGCGGGUGAGCAGCUUCAACAGGAAAAGUGAGAGAAAGAGGAAAUACAGCUACAGUGUAGGUUAUUUUUUGAUAGGAGGGGAUAAAAAAAAAUAAAAGCAAAGCUUUAUCACCUUAGAGAUUUUUCUAACACUUCAGAUGCACCAGCUGAGCAGAGUGGCUUUUUUUCCCUAUCUCUCUGAGCUGUUUUAAGAGCAACCUGAAAUAGAUCCCUAAGUAGGGGCUCUGCAGACGUGUUCAUAAGGAAGCUGCAGAACCGAUGCCAGCUGUGCUGGUAUCUGCCUGCUGUGAGAUGCAGAGUAUCUAGGAAAAGCAGAAAUUGCACCUCAGCAUGCCCAAGACCGUGGGUCACUUGGCUGUUCCUGCAGGGCUCUCUCCCUGCCCAUUAGCCCCUGCUGGUUUCUGCUGCCAUGGGGUAUGACCCUCGAGCUUUCACAGAGAGGAAGCCACUGUGCAGUGCUCGAGAGCACUCUGUUAUCUUGGUUGGCAUUGCACAAGACCUUGAGAUUCCUUUCCUGGUGCGCUGAUGGAUGAGGGAAAAUGUUCUGUACGAUGUUUGAACCACAGGGGCGGUUCCUGUCCUUUAGGGAUCAGCUGGCACUAGUUGCUUGCAGCAGGGAUUUGCUGCUUCCAACGCUGUCUGCUGCUGCUUAUACCCAGAACUUUCUUUCUCUGGUUUUAGUUGGCAAGAUCGCUGCUGGCUGCAGCAAGAGCUGGCCCAGCGCGCUGGUUUCCCAGCUGGGCUUGCAGUGACUCCAUCGUUUGCCCUGCUUGAAGAGGUGACUUGAAGGACUAAUUCCCAGCAGUUGGUUUUCGUCAGUGCCAUCUGGGGAGUUUACAGAGCUCUGGGUGUGAUGCAUCGCUACGGAUUUAGCAGGCCUCAUUCUUCUUUGCUUUGUGCUCGUGGAAACCGGGAUGAAUCCCAAGGAGAAGAACCUCAGGAAGGAUGUGGGUCUGGGCUCCCUUGCUGAAGGGUGCUGCUGUCACACAGGGCUGCAGUUCAGGCCCUCAGCCCCCUCUGCUCAGCACGUGGGAGCCCUUUGAAGCGGUCAGUCAGGAGCAAGCAGAGUUUCUGAUGCCCCUGGGGACUGGCUAUCAGUCACUAAAGCCACACUUCACCAUAUGCAAUUAUUCAUGUAAAUGUUCUGUUCUUGAGUGAUGUCUCAGGCUCCAAAAGAGACUUAGGUGGGAGAAGAUAGUUUUGUAGUAGUCUUUGUUGGGGUGGCCAAGCCCACUGCUUUGAUGUAGCUUUUGCUUUGCUUCUCAGCUUGCUUGGAGAGCUUGCAGAGCAAAGAAGCCUGCUGUAAAAAUUUUGUCUUCUCGAAACCGUUAUUGUCAGGCUCUCAUUAAAAUUUGGAAUAAAAAUUACUUUGUUUUAUGACAGUUUUUUGUGGUUUAGGUGCUUAAAGAAGCAGAGCUGAAUUUGUUGGGUAAAGUAGGCUGCAAAAUCCCAUUGAUUUUUAAUGGUAAUGAUGCAAGAUAAAUGUUUAGGGGAGUCUGACAGUCUUGCUAGACACCUAAUUGUGGUGUUAGGAGCCUAAACACAUUUCAGUUUAGAAUACCUGAUCAUUACUUCUGUGAAGUGAACGUCUCCAUAUCCGGAGAAACAAUGUUAGGAG